CUUCCUGGCAGCACUUCUCUUUUUGCAGCUGAGCAUGCAAACGGCUUGCACCUCUCUACGCUCCACCCCAUCGUUGGCAAUGACUUCCUCCCCGCGGCCUUUCCUCCGCAGCGUACGGAGCGUGUGCCGAGCAAAAGAUCGGCGGGCUGCACACCUGGUCGCGAGGGAGAGCGCGGAGUCGGGGGCUGCCGGACGCCGGCCCGCGGAGGCAGGAUGUCAGAUUCUCUAGUUGUCUGUGACGUGGAUCCGGAGCUGACAGAGAAGCUGAAGAAGUUCCGGUUCCGGAAGGAGACGAACAAUGCAGCCAUUAUUAUGAAGAUUGACAAAGACAGGCAACUGGUGGUGUUGGAGGAAGAAUUCCAGGACAUCUCUCCAGAGGAGCUGAAGAGUGAACUUCCAGAACGCCAGCCCCGGUUCAUAGCCUACAGCUAUAAAUACGUCCACGCGGAUGGCCGGAUCUCUUACCCACUCUGCUUCAUCUUCUGCAGCCCGCUUGGGUGCAAGCCAGAGCAGCAGAUGAUGUACGCUGGGAGCAAGAACAGGCUGGUGCAGGCAGCAGAGUUCACCAAGGUCUUUGAGAUCCGGUCCACAGAGGAUCUGACAGAGCAAUGGCUGAAAGAGCGCCUGGCCUUUUUCCGCUAAUUGGCAGGAUAAUCUGGAGGGGCCUGCUGGAACGCUGCUUCUGCUCCCGCCCACAGCAACACCUGCAAUCUUGCCCUCGUCCUUGCUUCAGAGAGAUCAUCACAUGGUGGGUGUACCUGGCAGAUGGGGAAAUGGAGCAUUCAUUCAACCUCCACCAUCACCCCUUUCCUUCCCCUGGUUCAGACAGCAUCUGGAAAUGAAAUAAAGUAAUUGAUCGGGGUUUCUUUUCCAA